GAGCAUUCCCAGUAGCCCUCUCAGCCAUGGCGUCAUGGGGGAGGCAGCCGGAGCAGGGACACAGGAGGUUCCCGGAGCAGCUCAAGCGCACGUGCAGAAGUGCAAACCCAGCGUCCUCACCAAGGAGCUGCAACACUUGGUGCGCCGGAAGAAUCCGGGCGAGGCGGCGCUUCUGCUGCGCCGGCUGCGAGCAGCUUUGGUGGAGGCCAACAUCAUCCACCACAACUGCAUCAUUUGCGCUGCAGAGCGAGCCGGGGACUGGAGGCUUUCAACCGAGGCCCUGGCGGAGACCAGAUGCCGCGCAGUACCCGUGGACGUCAUCAGCUUCAACACCGUUCUCAGUGCGGCUGGCCUUUGGACUCGCGCGGUUGAGACUCUGCAGGCUUUGGCGGCGUUCCUGUCGCCAGAUGCCACGAGUUUCAACACCCUUCUCAGUGCCUGCAAUCAGUGCAGCGCCUGGGCUGAAGGCCUCGACAUGCUCCGCUCGCUCCCUUCGCGCCGGGUGCCUCCUGAUGCAUUCGCCCAAAGCGCUGCGGUGAGCGCCUGCAGCCGUGUCAAGCUCUGGGAGACGGCUCUCCGAUGUUCUCCCGAAGCUUCCGACACCGUGGUGACCUUGGGUUCAGCAGUGAAAGCCUUGGAGCAAGGCUGUCAGUGGCAAGCGGCGCUGAUCCACCUGGACGGCUCGAGUUGUCAUUGCAACGUGGUCGUCUACAGUGCAGUCACUUCUGCUUGCGAGACAAGCUCGGCGUGGCGAGUUGCCAUGAACCUGGUAGAGGAUGUUGUCGCAGGAAGGCUUGAGUCGAACAUCGUCAUGCAGGGUACUGCGAUGAAGGCUGCCGCCCACGAUUGGAGGCACGCUCUGGACAUCCUGGCGCGGAUGAUGCAGGAUGGCCUUGAGAUCAACACGAUCAUUCUCGGCGCAGGCCUCUCCGCAUUGCUGCGUGCAUCGCAGCGAAGUGCGGCGCUCACAUUGUCGGUAGAGAUGCUCACGGCACGAGUGAGCAUUGAUGCUGAGACCUACGGCACAAUGGUUGCAGCCUGCGCGCCUUUGCACCAAGAGAAAGCCACCGAGCUGUUGCACCAGGCUGCGCAGGAUGGGCUGGCGCAGAUGCUGCUGACAAAGGAUUGGCCCAGGCAAAGCUUCGCCCUGGUGCUGCCCCGGGAGAGCGGUGCUCUGCCGGAGGCGCGCUUGGCUGAGUGGUUUCACCGCCUGCAUCCUCAGCAGCUGGGCCAGGGCGGCUGGUCAUCGGCACAUCACCAGGGCCAGGAGCUGCUCAGGAAGACUGCGUGGCUGGUGUGGCCACCUUGUGAAUGCGCCUACGACUAUUCGGACACGCGCCAGGAGGCGGCGUCAAACCCCGAGAUGAGGGCCAUUCUCGAGGAAAUCACGAAGUAUGUGGCUGCUGCCUGUGGUGUGGAGGACAACCCGCCCAACAGCGUCAACCUCAACUUCUACCCACCAGGAGGCGGCGUCGGCUUUCACGCCGACGACGAGGAUCUCUUCGACGGCCUGCGGCAGGCCACUCGCAUUAUAUCCCUCUCACUGGCCGAGAGCGAGACCUUGGGCAAGCGCUUCUUUGAGGUCACGAACCUGAGUCUCAUCUCCUGGUUGCUCCUGCUCUUCUGCCCUGGCUGGCGAGGCCUCAAGACGGGUGUUUGCCUGGGGCCGGUCAUCAACUCGCUGGUCUACUGCGUGGUGAUUGUGUAUGCCUUCAGCAAGCACGACCCCAAGAGCCUGCGGAACUUGGAAGGCAUCUCUGCCUUCUUCUCCGACUCCGACGCGGUCCUGGCCGGCUGGCUGCACUACUGCGUCGUGGACCCCCUCAUUGGGCUGGGGGAGGUGUUGGACAGCCGCAAGCAGAAGGUGCCGCACUUGCUGGUCGUGCCUUGCCUGCUGCUGACAAUGUUAGUGGGGCCUGCCGGCUUCCUCUUGUACCUCUUCGUGAGGUGGACCGUGCUAUUUGUGAGGGACGACGGCUACAUGAGCUGA